CCCGUCAACAUGGCGGCGAGUGUCCGCGGCCGCUCGCUGAAGCACCUCAGGAUACGAGGGCGGAAUGACAGCGGCGAGGAGAACGUCCCGCUGGAUCUCACCCGAGAGCCUUAUGAUAACUUAAGGGAGAUUCUUCAAAAUGUGGCCAAAUUACAAGGAGUAUCAAAUAUGAGAAAGCUAGGUCACCUGAAUAACUUUACUAAGCUUCUUUGUAAUAUUGGCCACAGUGAAGAAAAGCUAGGUUUUAAUUAUGAGCAUAUCAUAAUAUGUUUACGAUUAGCUUUAUUGAAUGAAGCAAAAGAAGUACGAGCAGCAGGAUUACGAGCCCUUCGGUAUCUCAUCCGAGACUCAAGUAUUCUGCAGAAGGUGCUAAAGUUGAAAGUGGAUUAUUUAAUAGCCAGGUGCAUUGACAUACAACAGAGCAACGAGGUAGAGAGGACGCAAGCACUUCGAUUAGUCAGAAAGAUGAUCACUGUGAAUGCUUCCCUGUUUCCCAGCUCUGUUGCCAACUCAUUGAUAGCGGUUGGAAAUGAUGGCCUUCAGGAAAGAGAUAGAAUGGUUCGGGCUUGUAUUGCCAUUAUCUGUGAACUAGCACUUCAGAAUCCAGAGGUGGUGGCUCUCCGAGGUGGACUAAGUACCAUCCUAAAAAAUGUGAUUGAUUGCCAAUUAAGCCGAAUAAAUGAGGCCCUUAUUACUACAGUUUUGCACCUUCUAAAUCAUCCAAAGACUCGGCAAUAUGUGCGAGCAGAUGUAGAAUUAGAGAGAAUCUUAGCACCAUAUACAGAUUUUCACUACAGACAUAAUCCAGACACAGCAGAAGGACAGCUCAAAGAGGAUCGAGAAGCACGGUUCCUAGCUAGUAAAAUGGGAAUAGUAGCAACAUUCCGAUCAUGGGCAGGCAUAAUUAGUUUAUGUAAGCCUGGCAACUCUGGGAUCCAGUCUCUCAUUGGGGUACUUUGUAUACCAAAUAUGGAAAUUCGGCGGGGUCUGCUUGAAGUUCUCUAUGAUAUAUUUCGUCUGCCUCUACCAGUUGUGACUGAAGAGUUCAUUGAAGCACUGCUCAGUGUAGAUCCAAGUAGAUUCCAAGAUUGUUGGAGACUUUCAGAUGGCUUUGUAGCAGCUGAAGCUAAAACUAUUCUUCCCCACCGAGCCAGAUCCAGACCAGACCUCAUGGAUAAUUAUUUGGCACUGGUACUUUCUGCUUUCAUUACUAAUGGACUUUUAGAGGGUUUGGUUGAAGUAAUAACAAGCAGUGAUGACCAUGUUUCAAUUAGAGCUACAAUCCUAUUAGGGGAACUUUUACAUAUGGCAAACACAAUCCUUCCUCAUUCACAUAGCCAUCAUUUGCACUGUUUACCAACGUUAAUGAACAUGGCAGCAUCCUUUGACAUCCCUAAAGAGAAAAGACUGCGAGCCAGUGCAGCUCUGAACUGCUUAAAACGCUUUCAUGAGAUGAAGAAACGAGGGCCUAAGCCUUAUAGUCUUCAUUUAGAUCACAUUGUUCAGAAAGCGAUGGCCACACACCAAAAAAGAGAUCAGUACCUCCGAGUUCAGAAAGAUAUUUUUGUUUUGAAGGAUACAGAGGAAGCUCUUAUGACCAAUCUUAGAGACAGCCAAGUUCUUCAUCAUAAAGAGAAUCUUGAAUGGAAUUGGAAUCUCAUAGGCACCAUUCUUAAGUGGCCAAAUAUAAAUCUAAGAAACUAUAAGGAUGAACAAUUACACAGGUUUGUACGACGACUACUCUAUUUUUACAAGCCCAGCAGCAAAUUAUAUGCCAAUUUGGAUCUGGAUUUUGCCAAAUCCAAGCAACUCACAGUUGUGGGUUGCCAGUUUACAGAAUUUCUUCUUGAGUCUGAAGAGGAUGGGCAAGGAUACUUAGAAGAACUAGUAAAAGAUAUUGUUCAAUGGCUUAGUUCCUCAUCUGGAAUGAAACCUGAACGAAGCCUUCAGAACAAUGGUCUACUGAGUACCCUUAGUCAACACUACUUUUUAUUUAUUGGAACACUUUCCUGUCAUCCUCAUGGAGUUAAAAUGCUAGAAAAAUGCAGUGUAUUUCAGUGUCUUCUUAAUCUUUGUUCCUUGAAGAACCAAGAUCACUUAUUGAAACUAACAGUUUCAAGUUUGGACUAUAGCAGAGAUGGAUUAGCCAGAGUUAUACUUUCCAAAAUCCUAACAGCAGCUACUGAUGGCUGCAGGUUGUACGCAACAAAACAUUUAAGAGUAUUAUUAAGGGCCAAUGUAGAGUUCUUCAGUAACUGGGGCAUUGAAUUGCUAGUGACCCAACUGCAUGAUAAAAAUAAAACUAUUUCCUCUGAAGCUCUUGAUAUCUUAGAUGAAGCAUGUGAAGACAAGGCUAAUCUUCAUGCUCUCAUCCAGAUGAAACCAGCUUUAUCUCAUCUUGGAGACAAAGGUCUGCUUCUCCUUCUUAGAUUUUUGUCCAUUCCGAAGGGGUUUUCCUAUCUUAAUGAGAGGGGUUACGUAACAAAGCAAAUGGAAAAAUGGCAAAAGGAAUACAAUUCAAAAUACGUUGAAUUAAUUGAGGAACAACUUAACGAAGCACUUACAACUUAUCGUAAACCCGUAGAUGGUGAUAACUAUGUUCGUCGGAGUAACCAAAGAUUACAGCGACCACAUGUCUACCUGCCCAUACACCUUUAUGGACAACUGGUACACCACAAAACAGGAUGUCAUUUGUUGGAGGUACAGAGUGUUGUUCCAGAUCUCAGUUAUACUAUUCGCUCACCAAUGUUGGAUAAGUGGGAAGGAGUAAAGCAGCUAAAAGCAGCCCUUUGGGCCUUGGGUAAUAUCGGAUCAUCAAACUGGGGUCUUAACUUGCUUCAAGAGGAGAAUGUGAUUCCAGAUAUAAUGGCAUUAGCACAGCAUUGUGAGGUUCUCUCCAUUAGAGGAACCUGUGUCUAUGUGCUUGGUCUGAUAGCCAAAACUAAACAAGGAUGUGAUAUCCUAAAAUAUCACAAUUGGGAUGCUGUGAGACACAGUCGAAAACAACCAUGGCCAGUGGUUCCAGAUGACAUGGAGCAACUCUGCAAUGAACUUUCUUCUAUCCCAAGCACUCUAAGUCUAAACUCUGAGUCCACCAGCUCUAGACAUAAUAGUGAGAGUGAAUCUGCACCAUCAAGUAUGUUUAUUAUGGAGGAUGACCGAUUUGGCAGCAGCUCUACUAGUACAUUUUUCCUUGAUAUCAAUGAGGAUGCAGAGCAAACAUUUUAUGAUCGGACUGGACCCAUAAAGGAUAAAAAUCCAUUCCCCUUUUUUGCCUCUAGUAGACUUGUGAAGAAUCGCAUCUUAAAUUCCCUUACUCUGCCUAAUAAAAAACAUCGUAGUAGCAGUGAUCCAAAAGGGGGCAAGCUGACAUCUGACAAUAAAUCUGGCAUUAGGCGAAACCGAACAGUUACAGAGCCAUCCAGUAUUGACUUUAAUCAUAGUGACGAUUUCUCGUCCAUUUCCAAAGUUCAAAAAACAUUAAGAUUAGAAACUUCCUUUGUUGGAACCAAGCAAAUUGAAGAUGCUGGUAGCACACCUAGUAUUGGGGAAAGUGAUCUAAAAUUUACAAAGAGUCUUGGUACAGAGAAUCACAGGGAAAACACAAGCAGAGAAAGAUUAGUUGUUGACAGCUCUACAAGUUCACAUAUGAAGAUACGUAGCCAAAGUUUCAAUACAGAUACUACAACAAGUGGUAUAAGCUCAAUGAGCUCAAGUCCUUCAAGAGAGACAGUAGGUGUGGACACUACAACAAUGGACACAGACUGUGGAAGUUUGAGUACAGUGGUAAGUACUAAAACUGUUAAAACAAGCCACUGUUCAACACCACAGUCCAACCAUCUGCCUCUUUCAAAAUCAAACUCUGUGUCCCUGGUGCCACCUGGUUCUUCUCAUACACUUCCUCGUAGAGCACAGUCCCUUAAAGCCCCUUCUGUUGCUACAAUUAAAAGUCUAGCAGAUUAUAACUUUAGCUAUACAAGUUCUAGAGAUGCCUUCGGUUAUGCUACAUUGAAAAGAUUGCAGCAACAAAGAAUGCAUCCAUCUUUAUCUCAUUCUGAAGCUUUGGCAUCUCCAGCAAAAGACGUGCUUUUUACUGACACCAUUACCAUGAAGACUGGUAGUCUUGAUUCAAGGUUAACACCAAGCAGGAUCGAUUUUAAAAAGAAGCAUGUCGGGGGAAUCAGGAGCUUAAGACCUACAAUAACAAACAACCUUUUCAGGUUCAUGAAAGCUUUAAGUUAUGCUUCAUUAGAUAAAGAAGAUCUAUUAAGUCCUAUUAAUCAAAAUACACUGCAACGCUCCUCCUCAGUUAGGUCCAUGGUAUCCAAUGCUACAUAUGGUAGCUCAGAUGAUUACAUUGGACUUGCUCUUCCUGUGGACAUCAAUGAAAUAUUCCAGGUAAAGGAUAUUCCUUAUUUUCAGAAGAAAACUAUACCUCCAUGUGAUGAUCGUGUUGUGAGAGUACUACCUGAUUCAGGAGGUCUUCCAUCUGGUACUGGAGAUCUUGUAAAAAGUCCAUUUCAAAUGCUCCGACAACAGAUUAGUCUCACAGAAAUAAUGAAUACAAGCCAUUCAGAUGCUUCUCAAUUUUUAGAAAAUACAGAAGAUACGGGGCUACAGGAGCACACAGACGAUAAUUGUCUUUAUUGUGUCUGUAUCCAGAUUCUGGGUUACCAGCACAAUAACCAAGGGGACUCAACCUAUACUCACACAGACUUUCCAGACAUUCCAUAUUCUGAUUGGUGUGGGCAGACCAUCCACAAUCAUCUAGAUGUCGUUUCCUCAAAGUUUUCUGGGAUUUCAGGAUGCAGUGAUGCAGUAUCCCAGGGUUCAGCCAGUAGCACCAAGAGUACAGAACUGGUACUAGGAGUCAAGUCAAUUCCAGAUGAUACACCAGUAUGCCGUAUACUCCUUCGAAAAGAAGUGUUAAGAUUAGUUAUCAAUUUGAGUAGUUCUGUAGGAACUAAAGGUCAUGAAACAGGACUUUUGACAAUUAAAGAGAAGUUUCCUCAAGCUUUUGAUGAUAUAUGCCUCUACUCUGAGGUUUCCUAUUUGUUAUCACAUUGUACUUUUCGACUGCCAUCUCGCAGAUUCAUACAGGAGUUAUUUCAAGAUGUACAGUUUUUACAAAUGCAUGAAGAAGCAGAAGCUGUUUUAUCAACUCCACCAAAGCAACCUAUAAUUGAUACAUCAGCCGAAUCCUGACCUCAUCUUUAUGUAGUGUUUCUCUUUGGACUUCCUGAAAUCCUCAGAAAAACCUCACUGACUGGACAACAAAGACAGGAGCAUCUUCUGUAGCUUGUUCCAGCAGUUCCUGGUACAUGAACAGUAUGAACUGCAGAUUCUUUUUCCCCAGCAGAAACUUUCCUCCCCAAAUAUAUUCUUUGGGGAUGUCAUCCUUUACCAGUUUUAUGAAUUAUAUUUACCAAAUGUAUGCAAGAGCCAAGCACUGAACACCUACACAAAUUUUUCUUUAAUUUUAAAAACAUAAGGAGAGUCGAACAAUAAUAAGAUAGUAUGAAGAAACACCCCUUUACGGGGUUGAUUCUGAAUUCUUUUUAGGGUAAAUAGAAAGAUGCCUUGUUUGUUAACUAACUCAUAUAUACUAGAAAUCUACAUUUCUAAAGGCUACAUCUUCUAUGCUGGGAUGUGCUGUAACAGCUGGUAUUUGGGGGUUAACUUUGGACCUCACAUUUUUCUUAAUGUUUGUAACACUACUUGAGAGGUUUGUAACCUCAGACUGAAAGAAGAGCCUCAGUGACCUGGGGCUUUUAACUUAUUUUAAUGUUACUAUAAUUGCAAAUGGUUAUUUUGAUUUUCAGUCUCUCAGAUUUCGUUGCAAUGUAUUUUUAUAGGUUAUAUGAACCAAUUAAGGUUUUUCACUACAGUUCCCACCUAAAUCAAAAAAUAAUUUUAAUUAAACUGAAAUAUAAUCAUUUGCCCUUUAUAUAUUUUUAUUCAAUGAAAUUUCUGUUCAUUUUCAUAUUCUUAAUCUGCCAUUUUUUUCUCUGUGGGAAAUUGAAUAAGUAUUAUUUAUUGACAUUUGGCCUAAAUGUAAGAAAAUUAUCUUUGAAUCUUGUGAAGAGACUGGGUUUGUAGAUUAUUUCCACAUUCCAUGGGAAAAGCAGAGCCAUAUUUCCUUAAAUGUUGCUUUAAUUAAUGAGACUGAUUAUUAUGAUAAAAAUUGUAGUGAAAAGCCUUAAGUACCAAAUUUUGAAGCAGCAGUACUUUAAUUUUUAUACCAGUAUUCUUUGUGAAAAUUUUUUGCACAAAUUAAAUGCAGUGAUGGAUGAGUUAAGAAUACAAUGAUUGCCUUUAUUACGUUAUUAGUCACGUUGCUAAGUUGAUGAGGGCAGGGGUUUUUUUUUCUUUAAAAAAAAACAAAACCUUUUUAAUGUAUCUAAAGAUACCUGGAAAUCAUUUACAGGAAUUAACUACAUAUAUGCAAAUUUGUAUAUAAAAUAGCACGGAAAUCUUCAUUAGAAUGCUUGUGAUUGAAAGGAAUUAUCAUUUUUGAUAUAUAUAUAUAUAUAUAUGUAUAUUAUAUAUAAAAAACAUCCAGCUGGACUGAAUUAGGACAGUUUUUAAAAAGACCAGUUUUACCAUUUUUGUAAUCACUGUCAACUUUGACAGUUGUGACAUUAACUCAUGGCCCCAUAUAUUGCAGAUCCUGAUCUUAACUGAUUUGUUCUUUGAGAUGUAUGUAAAUAGCCCUUUGAACUAGAAAGUAAAACCCACUUACUAUUUCCCAGUUGGACAACUAUUAUAUUUUAUUUACUGGCACUGAAAGUUUUGUUGGGAUGAAGCACUUCAUCUCACUACAUAACACUUCUUGGACUGCACUUCAGUGAAUUGUUUUUAUGUGCACUGUAUAGCGACUUACAUCAGAGCAGAAAAGCUGCAGGAUUGUAACCUGCUUCUACUAGAAUUUGGCUUGAGUUUCUCUCAUGAAAUCCAAUUAAAGGAAAAGCAGAAAUAAUUUGUUUCAACUUUUCAUUUAUCUCUAGCCCUAAGAGUUUCUGUAAUAUAUUGACAGUACUUUAAAACUUGCCUGUUGACUUGGUCUUUGGGCUUGAAAGAUUAAAUUACUUCUCCAAAGAACCAACUGUCAGAAAUGUUAGACCAAAUAGUGGUUAAAAACUCCAAAGGAAAUAAUGUAGUGAUUCUCCCCAAAAUGGGAUUCAUAUGCUUUAGACAGUAGUUUCAAACUACCUCAGUUAGAAUAGACUAUAAAAUCUGUGGUUUAAGCCCUCAUGCAUUAAACCGUUAACUCAUGUUUGUUUUUUCUUCCCAGAUGUUAAGGCAUAAUAAUGGCCUGGACAGUUUUUGACCAGUAUUCUAUAAGAAACUUAAACUUUGUCGUUUUUACCUAUAGCGUUUAGUUUGGAGAGAAGAACCAUGUAGUUCUCUGGUUAUCAUUGAGGUUCUAAGGAAAUAAAAUGUCUGUACUUAGCAAAUCAUCGUGCUCUUUGGUUAACACUUGGAUUCAUUGGCAGGCUUAAUAUUCUUUGAGAACUUGUAUCAAAGUUAGCCUUUUAUGGUGGAAAAUGCUUAUGCCAAGUGCUUAAUUUAGAUGUUUAAAAAAGUAAAAUCAUAGUUGAAAAGUUUAGGAGUGGUAUCAGUGGUAAUAAAAAAUAUUUGAGAAAAUCAUCUAUUAGUAGAUAUUACCAGAAUAUAGAUUACAAGAAUAAUAUCAGUACUGUAGUUUUUCAAAAUACAGAAUUUUUAGAAUUAAUUUUAGUCCAGAUAAAAUUGUAUUACUCACUAAUAGAAUUAUUGAAAAAAUUGGAGGAACUUUGGCAGUUGUGCUGGUUAUAAACUGUGAAUUUCUAAUAUUGUAAAGUGAAUUGUCAUUUCCAAUUGCAAAAUUUGUUUCAAAAGCAGUUAAUCAACUUAAUGUAACUAGAUUCUAUUUAGAUAAUGAUAAAUAAGGAAAUCAGAUAUAGAGCUUUCAUAACAAUAUUAUCUGAAAGUUCUUAAUGCUUACAUUUUUGUUACCUAUUUAUGUUUAGGUGGAUACAAGAGGCAGAGACAACCCCCAUUCCCACCCCCACCCCCAAAGUUCUUCUAAAUAUUGUUUGUGCAGUAAAAUUCUCUUAAGAUAGGAAGAAUAUAUGCAUUAAAAAUAAGUUCGUAGGCCACAUAUGCACUGUUAAAUAAAAUACUCUCAGAAAGAAAAUGUGUACAAAAUAGACAUAACAGUUCUUGACAAGCAAAGCUUUUAUUAAUUUGCAUCUCUUUAACCAGAGUUUGACUAAUUUUUCAGGGCACGGUAAUAAUGGCAAAGUAUUCAACUAUGACAUGGAAGCUUAUGUAGACUUAUUUUGUUCGGUAACAUUCAGAAGAUACAUUUUGCAUACCUUGAAGCACAUAUCAUUAAGCAAUAAAUACCGAUUUAAUUUUUUAUGGUUUUAUCUUGCAGAUCUGCAGUUGUUUUGCAUGUUGAAUAGAAUGCUAAUUUAUAUGAGGAGAGCUUUGUAAAUUAGCCUGCUUUAAGAACAGCCUUAGGAAACUUCCUUUGAAAAGGUUUUUCCCUGAGAGAUAAUGUGAAGUGUUGAAUACUUCCAAUUCUGUUUUCAAUGCACAGUUCAUUACGACAUGAACAUGGGAGAAGUGAAUUUCUUAAAUCGACUGUAUGAGAGAAAUUUUAAUGAGAAUUAGCUUUUUGGAAUGAGAAAAUAUUUGUUAUUGAAAAGAUCUUCCAUGAUGUAAGUUAGGUCUCCAAUCAUGAGCUUCACCCCCAUAUUUCCAUAAACAAAAUGCAUUGUUAAUUAAACACUUUGAUUUCACUACAGAGAGAUUUCCUUAUUAACAUAUACCAGAGAAAUCAGAUAGUUAUGCCUAUGAAAAAAGUAAUUGGAACACUUAAACAUUGCCACAAGUGAUUUCCUUUUUUCUUAAGUUCCUGGUUUCCAGGGAGUUCUGUUCAUUCAGUAGGUCUGUAUACAGAACUUGGACUUUUUUCCUUUGGACUAUUUUUAUAAGGUAGAUAGAUGGAUAGCUAUGCCACAGCAUGCAUAAAUUGCACAUUUUGCUUGACUUCCUUUGUAAAAUACAUAUUUAAUUUGAGAAAUGUAAUUUAUGCCAAAAAAUUUAACUUGCAAUUUUGCCACUGAAUAGGUUGAUUUAGCACAAAAUGCAAAGUCUUGGGGGGGAAGGAAAACAUUUCAUCUAUGUAGUUGAAAAAAUGUUGCAAUACUGGUCUGUCAGUAACCCUAAAGCUGUAUUGUAAGAAAUUGGUGUAAAUUAAUUGUUUUAAAGAGUGGGAAGGGAUUGUGAAAAUCUCAGACUUCUUCUCCCUCCCCAGGCAGUUUUUUUUCUUUUUUUCUUUUUUUUUUUUAAUUUAGUAAUACGCUGCUACAUAUUUGGAGGUUCUAGUGUUUGUAGGUCACUGAACAGACAUUGAAAUCUGAUUUAUAUUGUAUACCUGUAACAUAGAAAGAAAAAGUAUUUAUAUAUUUUCUGUAAGAAUAUUUCAUUGAGCUGUGUAUAAUUUAAACAAAGAGGUUUGUUCCCAAAUGGUUUUGCCCACCUUGAUUUUUUUUUUGGUGGUUUUUGUAUAGUGUGUACAGUUUAUGUCUCUGGGCAUUAAAAGCCUCCUGAAGCGUAAUCUUAUCAAAGGGAUAUGUUGUUAAUAAAAUGUACUUAAAAUUCU